UGGUUGCCUAGUAUACACGAAGCCCUGGGUUCAAUCCCAGUACCACAUAAACUGUGCGUGGCGGCACAGUCAUUUCUAGCUCCCAGGAAGGUGAAGGCUGUACAACCAGAAGUUCAAGGUUAUUUUCAGCUGUAUAUUGAGGCCGGCAUUCUACAUCAAUUAAAAAAAAUGUAUCCAGGCAUGGUGGCACACACAGCACUCCAGAAGCAGAGGCAGGUGGAUCACCGUAACUUUGAGGCCAGCCAGGCACACAGAGUGAAUUCCUACCCAUCAAGGACUAUAUAGUUUGACCCUGUUUCUGCUAUCAGUGGUGGCGCACACCUUUAGUCACAGCACUCGGGAGGCAGAGGCAAGUGGACCACUGUGAGUUCAAAACCAGGCUGGUCUAGAGAGUGAAUUCCAGGACAACCAGGGAUACCCAGAGAAACCCUAUCUCAACCUGCCUCGCCAAAGUUGGCCCUGUCUCAAUAAAUAUAAAAUGUUAGCAUUUUUCCCACCUAGAGACACAAAGUAGAGACUGUUGGCAGUUAAAGAGUGGAUUUAAAACUGAGUUGGGUUGGGGAUAUAAUUCAGUGGUUAAACACUUGCCUAGUGUGUGUGAAACCGUGAGUUCCAUGCGCAGCACUGCUAAAUAAAUAAACAAACAUGAGGAUUCCAAGUGCCCUGGAAUCAGUUCAGAAAUGCGUAUAUACGCCGUAUAUACAUGGGCAUUCCCUGCGUGAACCAUCCAGCCAGAGCCCUCCUCUGGAGGGUAUCUGGCACUUCAGAUGUCCCCACUAUCUGAUGCCUUUGAUCCUCCUAAGAAGAGACAAUGGGGCUACUAUGACCCCCACAGGAUUCUGCCCACCUCACAAUGGCCCCCUGAGGUCACCGCAGAAAUAAUUUCACCAGUCCCUGAGCCCACAGCACAAGUCUGCUGAGGCCAACCGUGGGUGACCAUCCUCGGUCCUCCCUCUGGCCAUCCAGAAGGUGUGGCCCAGACCCCUACAGAGGAGCCUCUGAGGGAAGCAGAAGUCAGAACACAGCUCACCCACGACUGAGAGUAAUCUGGUGGAUACUUCCAGCCGCCACCCUGGAGGUCCUAGCAUCCAGUGCCCUUCAGCCACCUCCGGAAGAGAUGCAGAGAGACACGUCACUGGCGUCACCAUCUGCAGACCCAAAUGCUGCGGUGGCUGUAAACCAGGAUGCCAGCACAUCAGGGGACCCAAGCAAGAGUGAGACUGAGCCCUACAGCAGUCCUCAAACCCCGCGGAAACCCAGUAUGUCGCAGGUGAUUCUGAGGGCUGUGUCUGACAAGGGGGUGCGCAGCCGUGUGUCCCUUGCUGCCUUGAAGAAAGCUGUGACCACCACAGGCUACAAUAUGAACCGCAACAGCUGGCGCUUCAAGCGUGCACUCCAGAAUCUAGUGCAGAAAGGCAUGCUCAAGAAGGUGACUGGCAAGGGUACCUCAGGCUCUUUCCGCCUGGGUAAGAAGAAAGCCUUCAAGUCCAAGAGCAAGGCCAAGAGACGCCAGGGGAGGGGGCGGAGGGGGCAGAGGCAGAAGCCUGGGCAGCGCAAGUCUGGACCAUGCCAGUCACUACUAGGCUCCAGGAAGAGCCAUAAUCGGCUUUUCAAGGGAGUUCGUAGGGUGGCCAAAGGCCGCCGCCACUAAGAAGGCAGGUUGGGCGGGUCGCCAGGCUUGCCACAAGCUCAGUAAAGUGGAAAUAAAAGCCCAACUUAUUUCACAACUGUCUUCUGGAAUCUUUGGGGUUCAGAGGGUAGGAAAAUUAGGCCUGGGGCUGAGGGGUACAGAGUGGGGGAGGAGGCCAUGGACAGGAGGAAUCUGAGGCAGAACAAGAUGGGCUUGGAAAGACAUGGUAGGACCCUAUCUGUUAAUGGCAAGCCACUUCCUCUUCACCCGCGGCAGAAUCAAAGGCCAGCCAGGUAUCUGGUUCACAGUGGGGAAGGAGGGAAGAAGGAAGAGGGAGAGGGAGGAAGAUGGGGAGGAGCAGGAGAUGGUGAGGAGAGGGAGACAGAGAACAGGGAAGCGAGAAAGGGAAGAAUGAAACGGAGCCCAGGAGGAGGAGCGAGGAAGAGGAAUACACACUGGGAGCCUUUGGUCACUUCCCAAGUCCUUUCCUAUGUACAGUGGCAGGUCCCCUUCCCCUAUGGCACAAUAGCCUCCUCUAUGAUCAGAACACAUGAGGACGAG